AUGCGUCUUCUACUACUAUUUUUCUCCUUCAUAUUCCUGUCAUCAAGCUCCGCUUCUUCCCUGGCGACAGGUUCUGGAAUUCUGGAGAUUCUCAUAGAAUCUGGAGCACCAACUGAUGUUAACUUCAUAGUGACCUUUGACAACGAGUCUCAUGUCACUUGGCGUCAUUUAGAGCCAAACAUUCCGGAAUUAUUGAUUUUCGACGAAUUCAAUCACACGAGUUUCUUCCACAGGAUAAAUGUCACGAUUCACGAUAACGUCACAUCGCAUUCGACGAUUACUUACACAUUUCAAGGCUUAUACGAUAUUGACGAUCUUCCAGUACCGUAUACCGGAUUGCAAAUAAAAUUCAAGUGUGCUGAAAAUAGGUACGGCUUAAGCUGUCAACAACCAUGUACGGAUCCCAGAGGAAACUGGCGAUGUGAUCAAUUUGGACAACAUAGUUGUGCCGAGGGUUACUGUGGAUGGAAUUGUCAUAAAUUUGGAUCGGAAUGCCAUCGCUUCGGAGAAUGCAAAUGUCAGAAUGGUGGAAAAUGUUAUCCACAUCCCAUCCUCCUUCAGCAUCUAGUCAUGUGUGAAUGUCCGCCAGGUUACCAUGGAGAUCAUUGCGAGGAAUUCAAGUAUUUCGACAGAAAACUGAAGUUUUCGGCAAAUUUCGGGCUGAACACGACGAUUAAGAACAAAUUUUCGAAUCGAACCGAUAUCUACCAACUUUUCGAAAAAUACGAAAAGGAACAGCGGACAUCAGGGAAUAAGGAAUUUCUUGCAUUUUUCAAGCAUUUCGAUAUAGCGGCAAAACUAUGGAUUCUGAUUUGCAUGGUGGCGAUGGCGGGUUACUGUAUCUACAAAUUCUGUGGAGAAUCGAAAAAUGAGAAGAAGAUUCUGGAGACUUCGGGAGAUAAGAAGAAGACGUCAGAAGAAGAGAAGAAGUGUAUUCUGAUUGAAAUGAAUGACAUGUGA